AUGACAUUGAGCAACACCAUCAGCUCUGUCAAGGUAGGAAGUGGCCAAUCGGAAACCUUUUCUACCAAGUGUGGCCUCAGACAAGGUCACUCGCUGUCUUGUAUGCUCUUCAAUAUUCUAAUGGAGAGUAUUAUAAGUAAGGCUGGUAUGCAUUGGACGGGCACGAUAUUAACCAACAGAUGUGUCCAGCUCCUUGGUUACGCUGAUGAUAUUGAUGUCAUUGGCCGCACCAAGCAUGAUGUCACAGGACCCUUCGGGGCUAUUGGAAAGAAAUCAGCAAAAGUAGGACUAGCAGUGAAUAGGGAGAAAACAAAGUUUAUGGUGUGCUCUAGCAGAGAAUCGCGGCGUCUUGAUGUAGCUGCUCUUGGAGUGUUCGAGAGAAAAAUUCUUCGCAAAAUCGUUGGUCCAAUCUGCGUGGACGAUGUUUAUCGCAUCAGAUACAACCACGAGCUGUAUGAGCUGUACGGUGAUGUUGACGUAGCCAGCCGAGUGAAAUCUCAAAGACUAUGCUGGCUGGGCCACAUUGCCCGUAUGGAUGAAGACGCUCCGGCUCGUAAGGUGUUUGAUGCGGUGAUUGUUGGGACACGAAGGAGAUGA